UAUGGCGAGCUGGACACACACACAGUGAUCGUUUCCCCGUACCUCUACGAGAGCUACUCCGUGCCCGUCAUCCCGCAGCCGGAGAUCCUCAGCUCGGGAGCCUACAGCCCCAUCACCGUGUGGGCCGCCGCCGCCCCGUUCCACGGCCCGCCGCCCAGCGGCCUGUCUCCUCUAUCCGGAUACCCCUCAUCCCUGGGGCGCGUGAGUCCCCCUCCUCCGUCUGACACCUCGUCCAAGGACCACAGCGGCUCGGAGAGCCCCAUUAGUGAUGAAGAGGAAAGACUACAGUCCAAGCUCUCAGACCCUCACGCCAUUGAAGCUGAAAAGUUUCAGUGCAAUUUAUGCAACAAAACCUACUCCACCUUCUCGGGGCUGGGCAAGCACAAGCAGCUGCACUGCGGCGCCCAGGCCAGGAAGUCCUUCAGCUGCAGAUACUGCGACAAGGAGUAUGUCAGCCUGGGCGCCCUCAAGAUGCACAUUCGGACCCACACCUUGCCUUGUGUCUGCAAGAUCUGUGGCAAGGCGUUCUCCAGGCCCUGGCUGCUGCAAGGACACAUUAGAACGCACACUGGGGAGAAGCCCUUCUCCUGCCCUCACUGCAGCAGGGCGUUUGCAGACAGGUCAAAUCUGAGGGCCCACCUGCAGACACACUCGGACGUCAAGAAAUACCAGUGCAAAAACUGCUCCAAAACCUUCUCCAGAAUGUCCCUGCUGCACAAGCACGAGGAGUCUGGCUGCUGUGUGGCACACUGAGUGACACAGCCAGUGUUUACUCGAACACAAGGCAUUUCUUCACUCCGCCUCCAAACAACAAGUAAAAGUCCAAAGGCAUUUUCUCUUGUGCUUACCGACCAAACAAUAUGUACACACACACACACGUACACACACGUACACACACGCACAUGCUGCGCGAGCACGGAAUCCAUGUGUUUAGAGUUAAUCCUUUCCAUGUGAAGUUUAAAAUUACUAUCUAUUUCCUGAUAGCUAGAUCGAGGGGAUAAAAGACAAGGAUCUUUGUCUUCAAAGAUGAAGCAAAAAGCACAUCACAUCUUCUUCUCAAGAAAGAACGCAAAGAUUUACACUGCUGCCAAAUCAUUUCAACGGAAAGUAUUGCCUCAAAUGGAGUUUGUGAUCAGAUUUCCUAUGGGAAGAGAAUCGACCAGACACUCUCUCAGGUGCCUUACGGAGUGUUCCAAGUUUACUUUAUCACAUGUGUGAUGUCUGGUCACCAUCCUUGAACGAAAGCCUGGUUUGAUUACCCACCCGUGAUGCUUUAAACUGUAUUUUUUUUAAGACAGAGGGAGAACAAGUUUUACAAAAAACACAGGAGAAUGUAUUAAACGUGUUUUUUGUCCUUUCUUCGCCAAUACACAUUCAGUGCCUUGAGGGAUACGAGGAAGACUAGCUUUGAACAUUCCUGGUGCAUACUCCGUGUCUUCCUUUUUUUGAUGGAUUUUUUAAUGAUUUCUAUUUUUUUUUUUUUUGCAAUUAACUAAAGAUGGGACUAUGUGCAACAAAGGAUUUUUAGAAACUGUGUCAUGUACUUAAACUAAGUGAAAUGCAGACCACAAAUGCAACUCACACAGCCCCUUCCAAGUGCCUUUCUAAAGAACAGCAGCGUUGGUUGACGAGUCAGUGUAAAUUCAUGUUUAUUUUUCUAUGAUUGAAUGAGUUUUGUGUGACAGUGAGAGGUUGUCUAGAGCUGCCGCCUACGUACAACCUAAAGACUUGUGAAAUCAAUGUCUCUUUUUUAAAAAGCAAUUUUCAAGGUUCUUUUUUUUACAAUAAACAUUUUUGAUUUAAAAAUC